AUGGCGUUCGAUUUCAACUCAGACGACGAGAGAAUCGCCCUCGCAGGAGACGAUAAGGAGGUAUACCCGCACUUGGGGAUCAUCAACACAUCACGCUGGAAGCCGAAUGAGAAAUACGACCCCAACUUUAUUUCGAUUGACCCUGAUGAUAUCAGGAUCACUGGGUAUCAUUACAGCGCGCAACCUGGCAUGCUGCCUUUAGCCCUCAACGACUUGGAGCAGUUUGCCAACGGCCUCAACUCCAAGACAGGAUAUUGGGCUGUUCUCUGGCUCGGCGGUAGACUCGACAACAACGACCAUGUGAAUGCCGAUGGUUUUCGCUGUGUCGUCGCUUGUGGAAGCGUUGAUCUUACGAUCCGGCCAGUGCAAGAUUCUGGUGGAGGCCACAGACUUGCGAUCGUCCCGGGUGACGUCCGGGCCUGUCUAGACGCAGUUGCAAACGCCAUUCUGAAGGCAGACCCCGAGAACCCAAUCGCGGGAGUCAUAGGCCGAGGAUCCAUGGCGUCGACCGAAAUCCCUUUUGAGUGGCAGAUUUCUCAUGCGCCGGAAGACAUGCGCGCCAGACGAGUACAGAAGUGGAGAUACAAGGGACAUCAACGGAGAAAGAGGAGCAGCUUAGAGAUGUCUGCAAGCCAGGAGAUCGGCCCGAGUCUCAAGCGGCAGAGUACGGGUUCUUCCCAUUGGAGCUCGGGCUCGCAGUCGUCCUUGAGCUCACCGUCAGUCGCCAGCUGGGGCCAGCCGGUCAUGGGUCCACCGCCGCCCGUGGGCCCCGGUCAACCAGGCACGAACAUCGAGCACAUGUUUCGCUACGAACAGAGUAGGAGAGGAUCGAGGGGCUCGCGAGGCAGUGUUGGUUCUGCAGCUUCACGCGUUGGCGGUCUAACACUUCAGCCACCGAUUCAGGGUUUGCCGGAGGGGGUGGCACCGCCGCCUGCGGGCUCACCUUGGGACGGAGCUCAAGGAGUGGCGAGUUGGGCUCCUGAACAUUAUGGCAGGGCAUAUGAACCACGGGUUCCUAUACAUGGACAGCAGUGCCAAGGUUUUCCGCCGCAGAUCCCAGGUCAUGGAUAUGAGGGCCCAGGUCAGGUGCAGCAGACUCCAGCUUAUGGCCAGCCGACCAACGUCUUUGGGCAUAUGAGAACGGAUUUUCAAGGACCCCCGCAGCGAGAGUUUCGAGUGGGUGUCCAACAUGCGCAGCAGUUUGCAGCGCAUGAAGGCCGUAAUCCGCAGCACCGAGGGCAGCCACAGGUACCGGUCGGGCCGGCUCCUGAGCAAUACUCAUAUCAACGCGGCCAUGCGGGAUCUUUGGAUGCACAAUCCGGCAGCGGUUACGCUGGUGGCUCGGGGCAUAAUGUGCCUCCAUCCAGGGGCUCAAGCGUUCAAGGCGGAGGGGGCUACCCGCCCGGCUUUCCACCCACACAGCCGGCCAUGCACGGCGGACACUUUGCCUUGCCCCGGCAGUCUCAACACAUGGCAGCGGUCCCGCCAGAGGGAGGAAAUGACCGGUCUAUUCUGGAGAAUACCCCACGGGUGGCGUCGCCCGAGCCUCUAGACCCGACUGCAGCCCAAUCCGGCCAAGGGAAUAUCCCGCCCAGUUUCCCACACAGUACGCAGCCCGUGCAACAACACCAAGACAUGCCACCACUCCCUCCGCCAGCCAUGACCAACAUAGAUCCGGCCCAGCUCCUGGCGCGUACAACACUCCCACCAGUCGGGCACAACUACCCGUCCAGCAUGCCACCCGCGCAGUUGCCACGUCCUGGCGGUCAAGACAGUGGUCGAUUGUAUGAUCCACCCUUGGCAGGGGACCAGCCUGCUUACGGGGAUCCAUUCAUGGGCGCCAGCUCAUCCGAAGACGAUGAAUCCGACGAGGAUUAA